AUGUCACAAACAGAAGGACAUCCUAAUAAACAGAAAACAGAAAAUGAAUGCAUUAGUGAUACUGUCCCUACAACUAAAUUAAACGGUAUAGAUGCUCAUAAAAAUAAUAAUACAGAUUCAUUAAAUACUAAUGAAAGCCAAAACACAAAAUUUGAACAAGAAAUUGAAAUGGGAAACGUUGAAGGACAUGAAGUUAGUUUAGGAGAAGAAGGUUUAACUCAAUUAAAUGAACUACCUCAUACAGGAAAUGAACGACAACCAAACAACCAAAAUAAUAAUAAUAAUAAUGAUAAUAACAAUAAUGGUGAUAAUGAUUAUGUAAAUAAUGAUUAUAGUUCAGAUAUUGGGUCAUACAUAGUAGUUAUAUUACUGUUUUUCUUUACUCAUAUUUUUUAUACAAUAUUUAUUAUAGUUGAUUUUAUUCAGCACUAUUAUUUAACUGAGUUAGUUAAACAGUAUAUAAAUACAGGAGAAAAUAAAAUACGUAUAUUAGCAUAUUGUAUUCCUUCUGUUUUAUUAUUUAUUAUAAAGGUAUGGCAAAUAGGAAUAAUUGAUAUGAUAGAUAUUACUGUUACUCCAAAUUCUUUUAUUAAUCUAUUUAUUCACUUAUAUCUAUGUGAUUGUUUAUACCGUUAUGUAAAUUAUUAUCUAAAGGCUUUAACAAUAUUUUUAACUAAAAAUAUAUUAUUAUUAUGUAAAUUACUCUCUAUGAUAGAAUCAAUUACAUUAGCUUUAAGAGUUAUUCUUCCUACUUUUAUUAUUUAUAACUAUCUAAUUUUAUAUACUACAAUAACAAGUCAAUGGAUUAACUAUAUUGCCAUAUAUCCAAUAAUCUGGAUUUAUGUGUUUGGGCGUUGUCGUGGAUUUGUUCAUUUUCUUUCUUGUUUCUUUAAAGUUCUUAAAACCUUUUUCACACAAAACAAUAUAUUUGGAACUUCAGUAACGUUAGAAUCGUUAGAAGACAAAACGUGUUUAAUUUGUCAAGAUACUGUUAAUCGUCCAAUUAAGUUAAAAUGUGGUCAUGUCUAUUGUGAAGAAUGUAUUUUUAAAUGGCUCAUUCAACAACCAAGAUGUCCCAUGUGCAGAGACUUAGUGGUACAACCACAGACAUUUGUUGGUUUUAAUGGAAAUACUCGUUUUGUCCCAGCACUAUACUUUUUCUAA